AUGAUGUUUCACGACGGGAAUUACAACGAUCGGUGGAUGAUCGGCAGUUCGACGCAAUCCCAGCCGUCCACGUGGACACGAGUCGAGGACAAGCUCUUUGAGCAGGCUCUGGUGAUGUACCCAGAGGAAAUCGCCGACCGGUGGCAAAAGAUCGCGGAACGAGUUCCGGGAAAAUCUGCCGAGGACGUGAUGGCCCACUACGAGGCUUUGGUUCAUGAUGUUUUGGAGAUUGACUCGGGCCGGAUCGAGCUGCCGAGUUACUCGGACGAUUGCUUUGAGUGGGAGACCGAGUCCGGCGCGAGUCAGAUAUCGUUUGGGUCGUCGGGAAAGGUGAAAGGGGAGGUGGAGAGGAAGAAAGGAACUCCUUGGACUGAAGAAGAGCACAGGUUGUUUCUAAUUGGGCUCGACAGAUAUGGCAAGGGUGACUGGAGGAGCAUAUCAAGAAAUGUGGUCGUAACAAGAACACCAACACAAGUAGCUAGCCAUGCCCAAAAGUAUUACCUUCGUCAAAACUCAGUGAAGAAAGAGAGGAAGAGGUCAAGCAUCCAUGACAUCACCACCACAGUGGAUAGCACGCCCGUACCUCCUCCAAGCAAUUUCCCCAAUCAAGAAGGGUCCCUAGGGUAUCAGAACUUCGGCUUUCCUAUGUAAAGAUGAAGAAGAUUAGAGCUUCAUAGGCUGUACAUAUAAAAGGUUACUUACAGGUGGCAAUCUCAGUUGUUAAGUUCUAUUCUUUCUUAGCUGACAGUUAUUUAGGGAUUAGCACGGGAAUACGAGAAUAGGGUGUGUGUGUGUGUGUUUAUUUUUUUCGAGUCCUUUUGUGAACUUACUGGAUGUAUCUAUAGAGGACAUAGAUUGGUCAUAUAUACAGAGAUUUUAGGUGUGAAAACAACAGCAAAUGAAAUUGACUGG